AUGAUGAAAACUAACCAUUCACACGUAAGAACCAGUUUUGUGUACAGUGAAAAAGUGAACGAACUUGUAGAGAAAGUCAUUUUUUUGGCCAAGAGCUUAUCACACUACAGGAAUAAAUAUGUGACGUUUUUGAAGGGGAGGAAGUGCGAGGUGGGGGGCGAAAGUGGAAGCUACACGGGGAAGGGGGAUAUACGAAAAAGCAGUAUAAGUAGGAGCGGCAACAGCGAGACAGGCGGGGGGAUAAAAGGAAGACGGGGAAAAAAAAACUAUGCAGUGAAGCGCGCAAAAUACAAGGAAGAAAGCCCAGAAGGAUGCAGCUUUUUCCACGUCUUCACCAAUUAUGAAGAGCUCGUGCACGACCUACUGCACCUGUGCAGCCACGAAACGGACAUAUAUAUUGAAUUUUUGUACACAUUAAUAAUUAACAGCGAGCUGUUUAAUCACUUCCUCUACAUAUGCACAUUCACAAGUGGAGACAAAGACGACAAAUUUUUGCUGCUAAUUUACAAGCACUUUUUAACCCUUGUUGAGUAUUACUUCUACUUCAACAACUGUCACUAUUUCAACGAGCUGUAUCAUAGUCUGAAGGGAAUUUAUGAUAACAAGGAUGUGUGUGAAGCGGGUCUGCGGGUACCUCCGAGCGGGUGCGCCUUUCUGCGGGAAAAUGAUAAAAACUGCCUGACCAGUCAGGCAAAAUGUGAACAAAAUGAUUCGACCAUUCGGACGGAAGGAGAAAACAACUUUUUGUUCACCUACCCGAGCGAAAGCAGCGAUUUUGUAAAUUAUGAACAAAGCGAUGGAAGAAAGAAAAAAUGCGAAAUGAAAAACAGGAACAGGAAGACAAAUCACUGCUUUUUUGAAGUGAACGAAGGUGGUAACACCUUUAAAGACACAGAGAAGCACCUUAUUAAUGAGCGUAACGUGUCCUCUUUUACGAAGGUGGUAAAGGAGAGAGAAGCUAACGAUGUACGUGACGAUGGCAACACAAUUAAGACGGAGAAAAGCACCCAUUCGAGUGCAAUUUUAAGUAAAUUCCUUUCACACGCUUCGGGCGAUGCGGAAGGAGACAACAAAGGUGACUUCCACUGCAACUACAGUUGUGACGUCAACCAUGGGGAGAAGAAAAAGAAACACUCAUGUCACCGAGAAAUGACACAUCCAUCGAAUGCAAAUUUCAAUGUCAAUAAUUUUUAUAAGUUAAAAAAUAUGUUUUUAAUGUUUAAUAGGUUAAAUUAUGAGCAUUUGUAUAUCCUUCUGUAUUUUUCCCUGUCCAUUUUGCCCACACUUUUUCACGUGUAUCUCACGAGGGUGUUAAUAACACGUAGGGAGGAAUACCGCAUCAGUCCCUACCUCAUGUACGUAGCCAAAAGGAUAAAGGAGCGCUCCAUUCGUUUCUUUAAAUUUGACUGUAACGGCACAGCGGGGAAGAGGGGGUACAGCGAGGUUUCCGUUAGAGGAGAGACCCACAACGGAGUGGACAGCACUGGCUCGAUUAACAAUAGGAAUCUUUUUAAGGGGGAUGUGCAAAAGGGAGUUCAUGCAGGGGAGAGGCGGCACGUAGGGGGAGAUCAAAGUGAUGUAGAACGCGGGGAGCAACGAAAGGGUGCACACACCGCUUGGGACGAACCGAAUGACAAGCUGUGGGAGCACAUUAACCGCCUGGACGUGCAGGCAAAGCUGGAUACGCUGAUAACCGGAGGGGACCCCAGCAGGGACUACUCCGCCGUAUUUGGAAGAAACAUAAGCUUGUUGCACGCGUUCGAAAUUAGGGGCGACUUUGAGAGUCUGAACUAUGAGGUCGUGGAUGAGCAGGAGGAGAGGAGUGGCAACGGGAAGAAGCGGAGUAGCAACGAGAAGCAGAGCAGCAACGAGAAGAAGCGCAAUAGCGAGAACAAAGCAGAUGGAAACACGCACAGGCAUGCGGGGAGGCGCGCGAACCAGGCAAAUCAGGCCAAUCAGGCGAGCCAGGCGAACCCCGCCAAUCAGCAGAACCGCACCUCCGGGGAAGCCAUUUCGAAAGGGGGCCCCAAGGAAGGACGGGGCAGCACAACACACGCAGGGCCAUCACACCAGGCGGACGACGUGGAGGAAAGAGCUUCCAUCCAAAGCGUCCCUCUAAUGUCAAGGGAGCGCACCCCCUUGUACGAUGAGGAGAAAGAACUGCAAGAAGUUUUAAAAAGGAACCUACGGUGGAAUCGAAUCCACUCAUUUUACCAGAGCGAGCUGAAAACUCCUUGCGGGUUGCAAAACGCACGAGGAUUGCAGGAUUUUAUAAAAAGCAUAAGUAUUAUCUGUAGCGAGCAGUUUUUCUCCUUUUAUAUGAACAGGAUAGACAUGAAAAAGUCGACCGAGGGAUAUUACCACCUUUUACAAGUGGACGAAUGCAGUAGCACAUUGAUGAAGCACAAGAAAGGAGAGGAGGCAGCACAUUUGGCUGAGCGGCAGAUGAGCCAUCCAGGUAGCCAUUUGCACAUGCCAAGCCUGCAUAAGGAUACCACGCUAAUACAUAACGAUUAUAUAAAAAAAAAAAUUAAAAGAAACAGAUUGUACACGUACAAAAUUUUUAAUAACCAAAUUGAGACUCUGCUAAAUUCGAAGGAGCUAGCUGAAUAUAUUAAAAAGCAGAAGGAAAGUAAAAAAAAAAAAAAAAAAAUGUCAAGAAAAAAAAAAAAGGAAAACUUCAUAUAUAUGCAAUCACAGAGUGGAUGCCCCCUACUAAACAAGAAGAAUAAAAAAAAAAUUUCGGACGUACCUUUUACGUUUGCGCAAAAUAAAAACGAGAACUUUAUUGAAUCGGAUUGCAACUCCUACGAAAAUAGUGACUCUAGUGAUAACCUCUCUAUGUACAACUACACAAAGGAAUACUACGCAGACAAUGGAUUCAACAUAAAUGAGUUUAUUUUUUUUGUACUAAAUUCUUUUUAUCUGUUCAUGCAUAUUCACAACGUUUAUUUUUCGUGCACCUAUUUGAAUGUGCUCCUUUCUUACUCGAUCAAGUUGGUGUUUAAGUAUAGCGAUCGAUGCAGGCCAAUCCAGUCGAUACAGUCGAGGAAGAGAUUCCGUCUUUCGCGAUACACAACCGGAUGAAGAUUGUCAGAAAGGGAUCGAAUGUACGCGUGAUGAGGUCGCACAGGCAGGAAGGAGAUCUAAGUGGAAUAACUACCCCCCAGGAAGGAAGCGAAUUCGAAAGGAUAAAACAACUCUCCGAAAUGAUCCUAAUGAAGAAAAAAUUUUUUAAAAAAAAAAAAAAAGAAAGAAACCUUAAUUGUAGCUUUUCCCCCACGUCCAACAAAUGUGGAAAUAAAACUACCCUGCUCAUGAACACAUUUGAUAUCAUUUUAAAUUCUUUUCUAGAUUUAUGCAUUUCCCUGUACUAUCACAUGUUGAAUAGGCAAUAUAAAGAAUCCGCUCUGCGGAGAUUUAAUCGAGCCAAUUAUAACCACUCGGUGGAAGCGUACCUUUUCUACUUUGACGAGCUGAAGAAGCAUGCGUUGUUUUCAAAACGGAUAGUUGAAGGGGGCAAGAGAGAAGAAGGGGAGGGGAACCCCCCCCGCAGUGGACACAAUCGGAAUGACAGCACCCACCUCAGUAACCACAGCGACGGAAGUGGCUACAGUCUGUAUUUCUCAAAGGAGAAGCGAAGGCGAAGAAGGGGUACCCCCCGCUUGGGGAGCAACAAAAGGGAGAAGAGGGCGCCAAACGAGAGGGAACAUAAAAAGGGUGGGCUAGCCGAAGGGGUGAAAAAUCACACGGGGAAAAGGCUCCUUAAAAAAAAAAAAAAAAAAUGGACGACUCGAUCUUUUCCUACAUGA